CUUAAAUCUUUCUGCUCUCUCUCAGUCUCUUCAUUCCGUCACUGUUGUCGUGCCAUCCUUAAGACAAAUUUAUCUCUACGUUUCAUUUCGUGCUUUCAAGAGAUCAGACUCGGCCAUGGGAAAAAGCUAUCCCACUGUCAGCGACGAAUACCAGAAGGCUGUAGCGAAGGCGAGGAGGAAGAUUAGAGCUCUUGUUGCUGAGAAGCACUGCUCUCCUAUUAUGCUUCGUCUUGCAUGGCACUCUGCCGGAACGUUUGACGUUAAGACUAAAACGGGAGGUCCAUUCGGCACAAUGAAGAACGCAGCAGAACUCGCUCACGGGGCUAACAAAGGUCUUGACAUCGCUGUUAAUCUUUUGGAACCGAUUAAGGAACAGGUGCCGAUCCUUUCAUACGGUGACUUCUACCAGCUUGCCGGAGUUGUUGCUGUUGAAGUUACUGGUGGACCUGAGAUCCCGUUCCAUCCUGGCAGAGAGGACAAGCCUGAGCCACCGCCUGAAGGCCGCCUUCCCGAUGCCGUUAAAGGAUGUGAUCAUUUAAGGGAUGUUUUCUACACAAUGGGUCUAAGUGACCAGGACAUCGUUGCUCUUUCUGGUGCCCAUACUCUGGGAAAAGCCCACAAAGAUCGAUCUGGAUUUGAAGGUCCUUGGACAACCAAUCAUCUUGUCUUCGACAACUCUUACUUCAAGGAGCUCUUAUCCCCAAACACACCAGGGCUUCUUAAGCUGCCAUCUGAUGAGGCGCUUCUGUCUGAUCCCGUCUUCCGUCCACUUGUUGAGAAAUAUGCUGCGGAUGAAGAUGCCUUUUUAGCUGACUAUGCCGAAGCUCAUUUGAAGCUCUCAGAGUUGGGAUUUGCGGAUGCUUAAGUUUCCGAGAAGUUCAAACGCCGAAGCCGCUCUCUCUCGUGUGCUUUAAUUUUCAUUGAAAUCGUAGGCCCUUCAUAAAGAUUUUGUGUGUUGGCUUUCUUGAACUAAUUGCUUUUCAUCGGCAUUACAAUGAAUGCUUAUACACACAUUUACAUCCCUCGUGAAAAAUAAUAUUUUUCACCCACCAUUUGUUACU